AUGGCAGGAAAAAAGCUCAACAUACCUCGCAACGUGAUAGACUGGGACGUUGGCCCAAACUACCAAAUUAUAAAGCAACUAGGCUCAGGUAGCUACGGAAUGGUCUGUGAAGCCAGACAUGUCCCUACUGGCCAACGUGUCGCUAUCAAGCAGAUGACCAAAAUUUUCGAUGACUUGAUCGAUUGUAAAAGGCUACUGCGUGAAGUCAGCAUUUUAAAGCACCUCAAUCUUAAUCUUAAGUUAUUUAUAACGUUUAACGUCCACUACGGGGUAGCAGUGUCCAGAGCUGCCACCAUAUUUAUCCACGUGUCGGGCCCAUGGACUUCUGGAUCGACCUACUUUGAUUCGCCAAGGCAUGGGUAAAUACAGCGUUCCGACUUCGACGGGCUUCGCUGCCGCCACAGCUUUGUAUCGACUCAGCUCCUGCGCGUGUUCCGCCUAAGGGUCCACCCUCCCUUGGGUGUGCUGAGGGGUAAAGACCCGAGCUCUUGAGCGCACUGAGGAGCAGUUCUUUUGGUUAUCCCCAGAGUUAAACCGCUAUUGCUAUGCAGCCCCAUAAAUAAAAUUGCUUGAGUGAGAAAGCCAUUUUAUUUAUCUAAAGCACCUCAAUCACCCUAACAUAGUGAAAAUGCGUGAAAUUCUGCUCCCAAAGAACCUCCAGACCUUCAAUGAGCUUUAUGUAGUUAUGGAGCACGCCCAGUCUGACCUUAAAAAACUAAUUAAAAGUCCAGUUCACUUACAAGAAGACCACAUCCAGCUAAUUACCUACAAUAUCAUCUGUGGGCUUAAGUAUAUUCACAGCGCAAAUAUACUUCAUAGGGAUCUCAAGCCUGCAAAUAUACUGCUAAAUGAAGAUUGUGAAGUAAAAAUUUGUGAUUUUGGCUUAGCUAGAAGUGUGACUGAGGAGAAUAAAGAUAGUCUUGACAUGGAAAUGGGUGAUUUAGAUUUUAUUAGAGUUUUUAAAUGAAUAAAAAUAAAAAAAUCAUGUAAAAUUUUUCACAAAAAAGGUCAUAGAAUUUUUUAAAUGAGUUUUUUCAAUGGAUUUAUUUUAAAAAAUAUAUUUUUAGCGAUUUUAAUAUAGAAUACAUACUGAAAAAAUGAUUAGGAUUUUCUUGCAGCAGAUUAGCCAUGGAAAUGGAACAAGACGAUAUACACCCAGUUGAUAAACACCCAAAGCCAGAAAAAGCACAAGGAAAACCAAAACUGGUGAGAAGCAAGCCAGGACUUCAGACGAAAACUGAAUUGACUGGACAUGUGGUCACCAGAUGGUAUAGAGCUCCAGAGCUGAUUUUACUAGAAAGAGAAUACACCAAAGCAAUUGACGUGUGGAGCUUAGGCUGUGUCAUUGCUGAGCUAUGUGGAAUGCUAAGAGAGAACGCUCCCACUUUUAUGGACAGAAGCCCACUUUUCCCUGGAAAUUCUUGUUUCCCACUGUCCCCAGACCAUCAUACCAAAAUGAGAAGGGCUGGCUUUCCUUCAAGCAAUAGUGACCAGCUAAACGUAAUUUUUGAAGUAAUUGGGACUCCUGAUGAUAAUGAUAAGCAAUUUAUCACUGACGAUAAAGCACUUAUUUAUUUGAAUUCUUUUGGAACAAGAGAAAAGAAAAGCCUGGCUUUGAUUUAUCCGCAUUCAGAUAGAGCUCUGAUAGAAUUGAUGGAACAUAUGAUUUUGUUUAACCCGAGAAAUAGGAUUUCUUGCAUUGAGGCCUUGAGGAAUAAUUAUUUUGAUAGUGUUAGAGACGUGCAAAAAGAGGUUGAUGCCGAAGUGCCUGCAGAUUUUGAAUUUGAGCAUGUGGAAAAUAUUACAGCGCAGCAGCUGAGAGAAUAUUUCAUACAAGAAAUCAUGAGAUAUCAUCAGAAUUAA